UAUAUAAUACAAAGUGUUAUCCAGGAGUGAAGUGCUGGUGGCACUUGCCAUGACUCUGUCAGGAGAUGUGUGUGUUGUGACAGGAGCCUGCGGGUUUCUGGGAGAAAAGCUGGUCAGGCUGUUGCUGGAAGAGGAGAAGCUUUCUGAGAUCCGACUGCUGGAUAGAAACAUCCAGUCUGAGCUAAUACUGUCUCUUGAUGAUUGCAAGGGAGAAACUAAAGUGAGUGUUUUUGAGGGGGAUAUCAGGGACUGUGAGCUACUGAGAAGAGCCUGUAAAGGAGCAGCACUUGUUUUCCACACUGUAUCUCUCAUCGAUGUCAUUGGAGCAGUUGAAUACAGUGAAUUAUAUGGAGUUAAUGUCAAAGGAACACAGCUGCUGCUCGAGACCUGCAUCCAAGAAAACGUGGCCUCCUUCAUUUACACUAGCAGCAUUGAGGUGGCUGGUCCCAAUCCCCACGGUGAUCCAAUAAUUAAUGGCGAUGAGGACACCCCUUACUCCUCCUGUCUUAAGUUUAGCUACAGCAAAACCAAGCAGGAGGCUGAACAGAUUUGCCUUCAGGCCAAUGGAGAGCUGCUCCGUAAUGGAAAUCAUCUGGCUACCUGUGCACUGAGGCCCAUGUACAUCUAUGGACCAGGCUGUCGAUUUACUUUAGGCCACAUGAGGGAUGGACUCCGCAAUGGAAAUGUGCUGCUGAGAACAUCACGACGUGAGGCGAAAGUGAAUCCUGUAUAUGUGGGAAACGCAGCCCUGGCACAUAUGCAAGCAGGUCGGGCUCUCAAAGAUUCCCAGAAAAGGGCUGUGGUGGCUGGAAACUUCUAUUACAUCUCAGACGACACGCCUCCUGUAAGCUACUCAGACUUUUACUAUGCUGUUCUUUCACCAUUAGGCUUUGGGAUACAAGAGCGGCCCAUUCUGCCCUUCUCACUUCUGUAUCUUCUGUCGUUCCUCAUGGAAUUACUGCACAUUGUGCUCCGACCCUUCCUGAAGUUCACUCCUCCCUUAAACGGGCAGCUACUGACCAUGUUAAACACACCCUUUAGUUUCUCGUAUCAACAGGCCCACAGGGAUUUUGGAUAUAGCCCUCGCUAUGACUGGGAAGAGGCACGUAAGUGCACCAGUGACUGGUUAGCAUCUGUCUUACCCACAGAGAGACAAUGAAUCAACUUGACAUAAAUUAACAGCAUGUUUAAAAACGGUCAUG